CACCUCCUCCUUGAGCCGGGUUGUGCCUAUGACCUGGGGUGGGGGAAGAGGCAGGCAUACCACCCCCCACCUCCCUCAUGUUUCCCAGUCUUUCCUCCCUCUGCUCCGUACGCGCAGGCUUGCCUGCCUGCCGACUGCUGCUUGCUACCUCCAAUACGUGUGCGUCGCAGUCAACAGGAGAAAUGCUGUAGGAUCUUGAACUGGUGGGGAUGGGGUCCUGGGCCGUUCCAGCAUCCCUAGUACUAUCACCAAGCAGGGGCUUUUCUCGGCUUGCUGUCCCAUUAGAUCUGGAUGUGAUAACAAACUACAGCCUAGGCAUUGGGUAUUUGGCUUGCAUCUCUGCAUCUUCCUGCUUUAGGUAACUGACCCUGGUUCCCAGACGCAGUGGUAAAGGGAUUCCUGGAGGGUCCAUCUGUAUGAGGAAAAAAGGAGGAAAAAACCCAGCUUUCAUCCAGACAAAUUUGGAUUGCCAUACUUCUGUCCUGCACAAAGUGCGAAGAUAUUUGGAUUUGUUCUCAGUUAAACAACCCAUGGUGGGAAAGGUUCUGAAGGAAAGAAUCUUUCAUUACCCUGGGCUUGAGCAGUAAAAGAUAAAUGUGAUCACUGGCUGACUCGUCAUCUCUUCAUUGUGAUGGAAGAAUGGUUGUCUAAAAUAAAUCCUUUGUUAUGCUGCUAAAACUGCCUUUGAAUCCAAGAUUUGUGGUGAUUUUAAAAACACAAAACCAAAAAUGCCAGAACCAGACUCUUCAUCUGGAUUUGUAGGAAACAUGGAAAAUGGGACUUUUCUGGAGCUGUAUCCUACAUCCCUGUCAACUUCAGUGGAUUCAUCAUCUGACCGUUUAUCCAAUGUCUAUGUAUAUGUUUCUAUAUUCCUUAGUCUCUUAGCUUUUCUCCUUUUACUAUUGAUCAUUGCACUCCAGAGGCUGAAAAACAUAAUUUCUUCCAGUUCCUCUUACCCAGAAUAUAAUAGCGACGCUGGGAGUUCUUUCACUAAUUUAGAAGUCUGUAGUAUUUCUUCCCAACGAUCCACUUUCUCAAACCUUUCUUCAUGAAAAUAAAUGAAAGGGAAGACACAGGGAAUGGAGCGGCUUUGUCUAGCUUCGUGGGGAGGUAGUGCAUGCAGCAUUUAGAAGACCAUCACAAAGAGGUGACUUUUAAAGUUUCCUUAUCUUUUUCUUUCCUUUUUAGCCUUCAUUUCCUCUUUUACUAACGUUUAUUUUCAUUUCACAAAAAGGAAAAUGACACUCAAUCAUUUUUUCAUGCCUCUAAUAGUGAUACCGUCUCUCUUUUACACAUUUAUGUGCAUUCAGUAACGGUAUUCCUGCCAGACUGUAAUAUGGUUCUAACUGGAUGUGUCAUUUUUCUGCUGUAGUUGUGACCCCUUUUCUGGCUGUGUUUCAGUAGUACUGCUGACUUCUUUUCUUUUUCCUUUUUUACUUAGAUAAGGACUUCUUGAUAAAACCCGUAGUGCAAAAGUAUCACAAAAUCAGCUUAAAUUAUAAAUUGAGUCCCAGGACAAUUGAAAGUUGUUGGUGUUGUUUCUUUUCCAAUUUUUGUUAUUAUUUUCAGUAUUUAUUGAUGUUUAUAAAACAAGAUGAAAAUCUACUUCCUGAAGAAUAUUACUUUCGUUUAUUUGUACUACCACAUCUUUCUAUAUAAUGUCACCGUAUUUCUGUUUUUGAAUCUCUGAAAUUUUUGGUUAAUUUAGUAAAGCAACUACAAUAACUAUGCUCACUGGUGAAUGUAUAGAGAGAUUUUUGGACCACAUUGCAUAUAAUUUGCCUAAUGACUUGUUUCUCUGAGGGGGUGUUUUUUUGCUGCUGAUUCAUAAAUGUCACACAACUCCUUUCCAUCCUUCACUGAGGCUGUAGCUUGCUCUUAAUGAGUAUCGAUACAAAACGAUGGGCUUCUUUAGGAGAUCUGCCUGCUAUCACCAUAGCUAGGAACUGUAUAGUUUCUAUAACUGUCCUUUCUUCUAGGCACAAGAUAUUUGUACUCAUGUGAGUAGGCCCAGUAGAGACAGAAAUCAUUUGCACUGGUGAGAACUUCCUGGGCCACACUGUGCCUGUAAUUUCACAGAUGCAUGCAAGGGUGGAGGGGGGACACAGGGAUCUGCGUAAUGGCCAGGCAGAUCUGUACUUUGACGCUCCGGAGGUGCAAAGUGCAUCUGGAGGGGGUGGGAGGAGAUGGGGAGGAAAAAGGCCAGUGGCUGUGCCCUUCUCCCAUAUCAGCCUCAGGAGAAGCCAGACAUGCUGGGGUGAAGAACGGGUGACCUUGCACAUGCCACUACCCCUUGCUAUGCCAUAGCCUGCCUUAUGACUUCCUCCUACCCGAAAUGUUACCCAGCACUCAAUUUCUGCUGUAAAAUGCCUAGCAGUAUGUUGUAUAAGAUCCUGUGGUCAGCUGUGAAGUAAUUAAAAUCAAAUGUGCAAAUUAAUUAAAAUCAAAUGGUCAAAGAUAUGAUUCAAAAUGCAAAGUGUGACCUACCAGGCUUGCAGAUUGCAGUCCCAUACUGUGCUGUGUUAUUCCUUGUUAUCCUUAUCACAAUACAUGAGCAGAGCCCGGUCCUGCUUCCGCUUAAGUCCCUGCAAAUUUUGCUAUAUUGGCAGCAUCCAAGUCACUUGGGAGCCCAGGGGAAGGGCAUGGAAAUGUCACUGCUGUUUCUGUUGCUGGCUUAGCAGCGCUCGUAGCUUUGGGUGAUGGGAAGGUCUCAGCAGGAGAAACGUGUGUGACUGGUCUUACGAACUGCUGCUGCCCAUGCAAAACUCCUCCAGGGACACACCAGCUCCUCUCAUUGCCCAGCGCAAAGUGGCAUGCAGUAGAAUCACGUGCUGUGUUAUUUGCUCAGCAGCCUUAAGGGUUAAGGAUAAAGGAAAGUCAAAAAGGGUUAAGGCCAUAGUCAAUAUGGCGAGCUGCAUGCAGAAGGCUUCCCAGCCAGAUUUUUAUGAAUACCCUCCCUCUGAGAUAUCAAUUUGUUUAUCAGCAGGAUGCAUUCUGCCAUUAACUAUACAGUCCUUAAUGGAAAAGUUUUAAAAGUCCAGUGUAAACAUAAUCAUUAGAAACACAGCUAUUCAGUGCCAAACAACAUACAGAUUAUGCUGGAGUUGGUGUUCUCAAUUUUUAAAAGUGAACCUAUGGCAUAAUAAACGGUGAUGGAUUUUGGUGUUGAUUAGCUCCUUACAAAGGUUAAAGUAUUUGCUGACCCGUAAAGAACUUAAGCCUAUAGGAUCUCUGAGCCAAACUGUCUUUAUGAAUAUAUUUUGUCUCUUGAAUAUUUUAUUCAUCUAGACAAAAUUUUCCUGUGAUAUGUUCCAUCAUUUUUCACUAGUACUUGACGAUAGGCCUUGAAAACACAGCAAAUUGUUUAAAAGGCAUCAGGAAACUUUAUUUCCUUUUUGAAAGCUGUUUAACAUCACAAAUCUGUAACAUAAUGUAUUUGUGUGUUGACUUGUAGAUAAAAAUAAAUGAACUUGAAAUCAA